AAUUAUGACUAUAUUAGAGACAAAACCAUGUAGGAUUUACAAAAAAAAUCCGUAAUUCACAAUCAAUCUCAAAUUUCAAGAAUAAACCGAAAAAAUUCCAUGUGGGCAUGGGUUAACAAGAAAAUCAUAAUUUACAAAAAUUUUCAAAUCAUCAGGGCAGUUAAGUAAACUCCAAACCCGCGUGUCCUGCUCUUCUUCUUCCUCCCGACCCCCUGCGACCCGACGAGCCCCAGCUACUGCCACCCAUUUUCGGCCGGGAACACCGGUAAAACUUGGGGAUUUCUCCUUCUUUUCUUGUUCUAGAACACCUAUUAAAUCCAGAAUUUUCCAGAUCUGCUCUCUUCCCUCUGCCGCGAGUUCCCUGUUGCUGGGUGGGUGAAAUUUUCGGUUAUUUUGGCCCCGUGACCGACCUUCCUCCUCUGCCGCCGGUUGCUGCUGGGGUGAAUUUCGGUUUUCUUGGUAAAAAUCAGCCAUGAAUUGUAUCUUUUUAGCUUUAAUUGGCUUGGGUUUACUCCAAUUUCCCUUGGUUUCUCCAAUUUUGGGUAGUUUCCGUGAGUUUCCCUGCAGAUGCCGCCGGCUUCUUCUCCCUGCCAGCUCCGGUUUGCUUGCUGGAAUUCUGGAAGUGAAACCGAGGACGAGGAAACCAAGGGGAGUGACGAGGUAGAAGGCUAGCCAUUUUAAUUGGAUAUAAGUUUUAGAUUUUAUCAUCUUUUUUUAAGGUAGAUUUUAUUCUUGAGAUUUUGUGAUUUGGAAUAAGUUCCAAGCCUUGUGCACUUGCGGGACCUGUCUCAUGAGUGCACGGCGUCUGUCGCGUUCCCGGAUUUGGGUUCUGAGGUGUGACAGAUUUAACUAUAUAUCAAUCACUUCAACUACAUAUAGAAGGUGUUAUAAAGGUUGAGAUUGAUGCUGAUACAUCAGACGAAGAAGAGGGCAAUGGAGAAGAAAAAGAUUUAGAAACCUCAAGAAAUAGUGAUAGUAUUG